AGAGGGAGAGAGAGAGAGAGAGAGAGAGAGCGCAUAAAGCAAGCCCGCCCUCUUCUCUCUCUCGGAUUCGGAUACGUUCUCUUCUCCUUCUGAUUGAUUGAUUGAUUGAUUGAUAUUGGCGUUGCAUGGCGUCACCAGUAAUGGAAAGCUUUCGCAAGGCUUAUGGAGCUCUCAAGGACUCCACCACGGUGGGCCUUGCAAAGGUCAAUAAUGGCCAGUUCAAGGAUUUGGAUAUUGCGAUCGUCAAGGCCACCAAUCAUGUAGAUUCUCCCCCAAAGGAACGUCACGUUAGAAAGAUAUUUUCAGCGGUUAUGAUUUCGUGCCCGCGAGCUGACGUUGGUUACUGCAUCUACGCACUUUCGAGGAGAUUGGCAAAGACACGCAGCUGGAUCGUAGCUGUGAAAGCUUUGAUCGUUUUUCAUAGGAUGCUAAGAGAAGGCGAUCCGAGCUUCAAAGAACAGUUGAUACACCUGGUCUCCAGGAAGGGGAAUGUAUUCCGAAUAUCUAAUUUCAAAGACGAUUCGAAUAGUCUAGCUUGGGAUUGCUCUGCCUGGGUCCGUGCAUACGCGCUCUUUCUAGAGGAAAGACUCGAGUGCUUAAGAGCACUGCACUUCGAUAUUGAGGCUGACAGAGUGUCGAAACCAGGGGCGCCCAAAGUGAAGUGUAAAAUCGACAUGUCGAACGCUCAACAGAUACUAGAACACCUACCUUCACUGCAGCAGCUUCUGUACCGCCUACUCUGUUGCCAACCUGAAGGACUUGCCUGCCGCAACUUUCUCAUCCAAUACGCCUUUGCUCUGGUUGUCAAGGAGAGCUUCAAAGUGUACUGUUCCAUCAAUGAUGGGAUCGUUAAUCUUGUGGAUAUGUAUUUUGAGAUGCCUAAGCAUGAAGCCAUUAAAGCUCUGGACAUCUACAAAAGAGCUGGGAGACAGGCAGACCAACUAGCCGAUUUCUACAGCUUCUGCAAAACUCUGGAUCUUGCUCACACAUUUCACUUCCCCACAUUAAGACAGCCUCCUCCCUCAUUCCUUGCAACCAUGGAGGAAUAUAUCAAGGAAGCACCCCGAGAGAAGAUGCAACAGAACACAAAUGAAGAGCCCGAAACAGCGGAGGAACCUGAAGAGGAAGUGAAAGAAGUAGAGACCGAGACUCCAGGAGCAGGUGUGGAUUCACAGGAGGAGAUUGUACAUGUGUCCUCCACCGAUGCUAAAGUGGUGGAUCCUCCUCCAUCAGCAGUAGUCCAUGAAGAGGAUGACCUGCUCGGACUGCUGCGAGAACUGAGCCCGGAAGCCAAGAAGAUCGAAGAAAGCAACGCCCUGGCGCUCGCUAUCAUCCAACCCGGCAACGAUUUGCUGUCCUCCUCCUCCUCCGACAACAAGGCUCCUCUGGCCGAGAGCACGGGAUGGGAGCUGGCGCUGGUGACGCAGCCCAGCAACAUGACCAGACCUCCUCAAGUAGCCGAAACCAAGAUGGGUGGCGGCUUCGACAAGCUGUUGCUGGACAGCCUGUACGACGACGAGGCUUCGCGCAGGCAGCUGCAGAUGCAGAGGGCCGGUGGAUACAGCAGCGGCGGCUACCCCCAGGGAAAUCCAUUCGACGUAUUCGCCGGGAACACUGCAGACAUGGCAAUGGUGCCUCAUCAUCAUCAUCCACAGCAGCAGAUGUAUAUGCAGCAGCAGCAGAUGCAUAAUGAUAAUAAUAAUAAUAAUAAUAUGAUGAUGGUGAUGACAGCAGCACCCUACAACAACAUCAACAAUAAUCCUUAUGGUAACAUUCAUCAGCAACGCUAUUAUUAUCCUCACCAGCAGCAGCAGCAGCAGCAGCCAAUGUGGUCUACGAAUCCAUUUGGGGACCCUUUUGGAUAUUUUCCGACAAAUGCAAAUGGAAACCACACCUUGCUUUGA